AUGUCAAGCGUGUAUAUUUCUGUUUCCAAAAAAAGAAAGAUGAGCAGAGGGUUACAAGCGGAGCAGCCGCGUCUAUCGAACAAGUCUGAAGCACUAAAUUUCGAUAUGAUUAAGAACAGCGGUCUCUUGUUGUGUAAGAAGAAACGACAGACUAACGCCGUGCCGGCUGUCUGCGGCGGAGGCGUCGUUCUAUACGUGAGUCAGAGAGGUCAUCGGUAUCUUGAUAACUUCGAAGAGCGCGAGGAAGCUGGUACCCCCGACAUCCUCGGAUGCAUCAGAGCAGGUAUCGUCUACCAUCUUCAUAGGACGAUCGGUAUCGAGAAGAUUGCUGCUGCUGAGCAUAAAAUGGCCGAUCAUUUAUAUAAAAGGCUUCAGACCCACAGCAAGAUUCAUAUACUCGGGCCCAAGGCAAGCUAUACUCGUACUACCGCUUUCGACGAUCGUCUUAGGAUCGUUCUCACUGUGCUGGUUAUUUGCAUUCUCCUCCAAUGCUCUGAAUAUGUUCAAGGCUGCACAUUAUCCGAGAUUUUCAAGCCUGGAUUCGUUCGAAUUGGAGUGCACUUCACAAUGACCCAGGAAGAAGUGGACCUCGUCGCCGAUGCUAUUCUGUGGAUCGCCGAUAAUGGUUGGAUACUCCUCCCUUCGUACACUUUCAAGACCCGAUCAGGAGAGUGGUAUCAUAUCAGACGAGAUGAUAGGCAGAAGCUCAGGAGUCUUUCGGAGACGUUUGAUCAAUCAUCCUUUCCAACAGUGGUUGAAUUGAUUUCUCUUGGGAACUGCUCCGCACGAUGCGGUAAGAGCAGUGCCCGUCGCUCAAGUCUGCCGUCAAUCGGAAGCCACAAGCACGUCGAUGAGGACUCAGCAAUGGUUAUGCAAAAAGCUGAUGAGGUGUGCAAGAAGAUUCUGUCCGAGGAUUCGUAUCAGUAG